AUGGAGGCGGCUGUGUUUAUUCUCUCCCUUGUGGAUUGCUGUGCUUUGAUUUUUCUGUCGGUGUACUUCAUCAUCACUUUGUCUGAUCUAGAAUGUGACUACAUAAAUGCAAGAGCCUGCUGUGCCAAGCUGAACAAAUGGGUCAUUCCAGAGUUGGUUGGGCAAGGGUUAUCUACCGUGCUGAUGUUGGUCUCCAUGCACUGGUUCAUCUUCCUUCUCAACCUACCGGUAGCAGCCUGGAAUAUGUACAGGUAUGUCAAGGUACCUAUGGGUAACAUGGGGGUGUUUGACCCUACUGAGAUCCACAACCGGGGCCAGCUGAAGUCCCAUAUGAAGGAAGCAAUGAUUAAAUUGGGCUUCCAUCUACUGUGCUUCUUCAUUUAUUUAUACAGUAUGAUCCUGGCACUAAUCAAUGAUUGACCUACCCAGGAGGCUUCUCAACCCAAGCUGCCAAACUCCAAACUCUUGGAAAAAAUGAAGAUAUGCUCAUCUGGAACUGUCGAAAACCAAAUGCUGGGCAUCCGGGAAGCAUAGUGGUCUA